AUGGGUGACUGGAAAGGCUACAUCUGUGCGGUGCUGCGGGACCAACGUAUCGAUGACGUGGCCAUCGUAGGCCACUCGGAAAAUCGCUGCGUGUGGGCAUCGCGGCCCGGGGGCCUGCUGGCGGCCAUCUCCCCGCAGGAAGUAGGUGUGCUCACGGGCCCCGACCGGCAUACCUUCCUGCAGACGGGCCUGAGCUUGGCGGGCCGCCGCUGCUGUGUCAUCCGCGACCACCUGCUAGCAGAGGGAGACGGCGUGUUGGACGCACGCACCAAGGGCCUAGAUGGACGUGCGAUCUGCGUGGGCCACACGCCACGCGCUCUCCUAGUGCUCAUGGGCAGACGCGGCGUGCACGGAGGCACCCUCAACAAAACUGUGCACGACCUGAUCCAUGGGUUGCGCAUGCAGAGCGCGUAG